AUGGCGCCAAACACGAUGAAAGCUGCUCUUUGCAAAGAACCUGGCCAACCCCUCGUCAUCGAAAAUGUCCCCGUCCCAACGCCAACAGGUCGCAACGUCUUAGUGAGAGUCCAAGUCGCCUCGCUCUGUCACUCAGAUCUCCUCAUGACCUCCCCCAAAGGUGGACUCACAACCCUCCCCCAGAUCAUCGGCCACGAAGCCAUAUCCGUUGUGGAGGCUCUGGGCCCCGAUGCAGCACCCUUCGGCAUCAAGCCGGGUGACCAAAUCGGCGCCCCGCUCUGGCAAGACAUGUGUCUCGAUUGUUGGGAAUGCAAGAAUAUCGGGCCUCAAUAUUGUCCCAAAAUCACCCUGAAGGGGUUGAGCAGUGCUGGGUAUUUCGCCGAGUAUGCCCUUGUGGAUGCAGCGACGGCCGUGGCAAUCCCCCGUCUAGAGGGCGGUGAUGCAGAUGUCUCCCCAGCGCAAUUGGCGCCUAUUUUCUGUGCGGGCAUUACAGUCUGGGAUGCGUUAGAGCGUGCCCAGAUUAGACCGGGAGAGACCGUUGCUAUUGUAGGCGUCGGUGGACUGGGCGAGAUCGCGACCAAGUAUGCGCAUGCUCUUGGGGCGAAGGUUUUGGGGUUGGAUGUUCAUGAUGGGCAGUUGGAAAGUGUUAGGGACGGCGGCAGUGCAGAUGGGAUAUUGAAUACGCGAGAGCUACAGCCUGAAGAUGUCAAAGCACGCAUCGCGGCCAUGAAUCAUGGCAGGAUGGUUGACGCUGUGGUUGUCACGUCGGGUUCUGUUGCCGCAUAUCAAACUGGCAUUUCGAUUUUGAGGCCCGACGGACGGUUGAUGGUUGUUGGGAUACCUCAUGAGCCCAUGUCGCUUAAUCUGGGCAUGGUCGCUCUUCAGUCAUUUAGGAUCAUUGGAGCUAAAGUGACUGGACCCUUGGGUGCCGUACGAUGCCUGGAGUUUUCGCUGCGAAAAGGGAUCUACCCCAAGAUUCACCCGAGAAAGUUUCAACUGGAGGAUAUCAACGAAAUGAUGGCGCUGAUGCAGGCUGGGAAGGUGCACGAGGGGAGAAUGACUGUGCAGUUCUUCUAA